AUGGACUUGUUUGUUAAUGCCCGUUGGGAUGCUCUCGGCAACGGUGGGAAGAAGGCUCACGUACAGAUAACUUACAGUGCUACCACCGAGAACCUCACUGUGUUUUGGAAAUAUGAGGAAGAUACUGAUGUGGCCAUCACUUCGCUUUCUCACCCUAUUGACCUGAGAAAGGUUCUCCCAGAGUGGGUUACAAUUGGAUUUUCAACUGCCAAUGGCUGUGAGGCCCGAGAGCGGAAUGCUAUAUAUACAUGGGAUUUCAGUUCAAACUCAAAGGAAUUAAGUACCAAAAAGGAGAGGAGGUUAUUCUCGAUUGGGGCCGUUGCAGUUUCUGUCUUCAUUUUGAUUCUUGGUGUAGCCAUAUGCUGGUUGGUGGUAAAGAGGCGGAAAAACAGGAUUGAUGAACAUGGAAAUGACUCCAAUUCAGUAGCCUCUACAGAUCUUGUGUGGCAAGCCUUGCCAAGACGAUUUUCUUAUGAGGAAUUAGUUGCAGCCACCAAUGACUUUGCAAACGACAGAAGGCUAGGCCAAGGAGGGUCAGGGAAAGUUUAUAAAGGAAUCAUACAACAUCUAGGCUGCACAGUUGCUGUGAAGAGAAUCGUCCCAGAAUCCGAGCACUAUGAGAAAGUCUUCAUCAACGAAGUGAAAAUAAUAAGCCGCUUGAUACACAGGAACCUGGUGCAAUUCAUUGGAUGGUGUCAUGAGCAAGGCGAGUGCUUACUUGUUUAUGCAUACAUGCCUAACGGCAGCCUUGACACGCAUCUAUUCGGCUCUAGAACAACCUUGCAAUGGGAUUUGAGGUACAAGAUAGCUUUAGACUUGGCCACAGCCGUUCAUUACCUGCAUGAAGAUGCAGAGACGUGUGUCCUGCAUAGGGAUAUCAAAUCAGCUAACAUAUUGUUGGACUACGAUUUCAAGACUAAGCUUGGUGAUUUUGGGAUUGCUAAGCUCGUGGAUCCGCGGUUCAGGACUCAGACAACAGGAGUAGUAGGGACUUUUGGUUACAUAGCCCCGGAAUAUGCAAAUAGAGGUAGGGCUAGUAAAGAGUCAGACAUGUAUAGUUUUGGAGUUGUGGCCUUGGAACUUGCAUGUGGAAGGAGGACUUAUCAGGAUAAAGAAUUCCACGUGCCGCUUUUCAGGUGGGUUUGGCAGCUGUACCUUGCCGGAAAUCUGCUCUCUGCAGCUGAUGAGAGAUUGGAUAUGAAUUUUGUUCCAAAUGAAAUGGAAUGCUUGUUAAUUGUGGGAUUAUGGUGUACUCAUCCCAACAACAAGGAAAGACCAAAAGCAGGGCAAGUGAUGAGGGUUCUUCAGCUUGAAGCACCAUUGCCUCAACUUCCAAAAGACUUGCAUGAUCAUCCGCCACCUCAACCUCAACAAGAAGCUGGUUCCUCUCUGCAAUCAUUAACUUCUAGUUUCGAAACUGUGGGUCGUUAA